GCAGAGAUCUACACGUUCACAUGGCAUCAUCGCCCCAGUACCAAGUACUGUUUUGGGCAGAGAAGCAUGGAUACUACUAAGCAGCAGCGCCGCAAGCGAAAGCGCUUCUUCAGACCCUCGUUCUCCUCCUUACUCUCUCACUACUAUUCCAUCUGGCCUCUCAUCCUCUGCUUCUGCUGCUUUGUCUUCCUCCUCCUUGACGGCUUCUCUACCAUCGGAUCAUCAGCCUUCCACCCUGUUCUCAUCGUCUCACGCUUGCCUUUACUGUCCACUUCAUCAUCUACAGCCACGAAUUCUAUCCUCCUACAUUCUGCCGAUGACAGUGAUGAUGAUGAUGAUGAUGAUACUGGGUUUUUGCCGUUGAAGGUUGAGGAUCGAGUCUUGUUCCCGGACCAUGUGUUGCUGUUCCUCUCCAACUCCAACAGGAAAUCUCUACAGCGUAUCCACCGUGCCAGAAAAUUGGAUUGUGUCUAUAAAAUCAGUAACAGUAACAAUUCGAAUGAGAUAGUAGAGGAGAGCCACCGCAUCACACUUCCCAUCCUAUCUGUGGACGAAUUCGAUGGUUCCAGAUCAAUUGCCCGCUGUCCCACUCCGCCUGCUAAUUACUCCUCUUCGGUUUUUCUCCAGAGACAUCGGAUUAGAGAGCAGCACAACCUGGGAAAAGAAGAAGAAGAAGAAGCUGCGUUGGUAGGAAUUGGAAUUGAUCAGCCGGUUCAUUCGUGGGAGAGUCUGGUAUAUAGUGCAGCUUUGGAUGGAGACACGGCAGUGGUGUUCGUCAAGGGAUUGAAUCUUCGCCCUGAUAGAGCCACAGAUCCAACCCAAUUCAUCUGUCACUUCGGUUGGGGGAAUAGGCAGAGGAAUUCUAGGUACACUUUCACCAGUGAGGCCCUUUCUGCAGCACAGGAAGUUGUCCGAUGCUCGCUCCCUGUUAGCAUUCAAAACAAAAUAGUUAGAGCUCAUGGGAUCCGAGUCACCAUCGGUGCAGCUUCAUUGGGAGCGUUGGACCGAGUUAGAACUCCUCCCCUUCAUAUUCCUCUACCGUCCGUCGCUAAGAUCUUCUUCAAUUCCACCACCACCACCAAGCAGAAGAAAUAUGAGCUCUGUAUGUGCACCAUGAUAUGGAACCAAGCUGCCUCCCUCCAGGAAUGGAUCAUCUACCAUGCCUGGCUCGGGGUUGAGCGCUGGUUCAUCUAUGACAACAACAGCGACGACAACAUCAAGCAAGUGAUCGAUGAACUCAAUCAAGAGAACUACAAUGUCAGCAGGCACGUCUGGCCUUGGCUCAAGACCCAGGAAGCUGGUUUCUCGCACUGCACUCUCAUGGCAAAGACCGAAUGCAAUUGGGUGGGAUUCAUGGAUGUUGAUGAGUUCUUCUACUUCCGUGUACCCUCUUCACGCAGAAUGAUCCGUAAGUUAGGGCAUCCAGGUCGAGAUUCCCUCAAAUCCCUCGCUGCAAAUUUCUCUUCUUCAGCAAUAAUCGGUGAGAUCAGGACAGCCUGCUACAGCUUUGGACCGUCAGGGCUAAGCACACCUCCUUCGCAGGGAGUGAUGGUGAGCUACACAUGCCGGCUUCGGAGCCCUGAGAGGCACAAGUCCAUUGUGCGCCUCAAUGCUAUAGCCGAUACCUUACUCAAUGUAGUUCACCAUUUCCGGCUUAAAAAAGGGUACAGAUACCUAAACCUGCCCCAAAGCACAGCUGUUAUAAACCACUACAAGUACCAGGUGUGGGAAGCGUUCAGAGCCAAGUUCUCCAGAAGGGCAGCCACCUAUGUCGUUGAUUGGCAAGAGAAACAGAAUGAGGGAUCCAAGGACAGGGUGCCUGGGCUUGGGACUGAGGCCAUUGAGCCACCCAAUUGGCCACUCCAGUUCUGUGAAGUAUGGGAUACUCGCUUAAGGGACUUCGUCGUAGCCAACUUGGCUGAUCCUGCAACUGGGGUUCUGCCCUGGGAGAGCUCCCUUCAGUAACAAAACACUCAUGGUGCUGCAU